GCCAUCUUGACAACUGUUUCUCAUGUCCACCAAUCGUGGCAACCCCUGAAGUCAUGUGGCUCAUAGUGGCACACUUUGAUGACGUAUGUUAUGUUUUGGUCAAUUUUGUGCUAAUCGAAAAGCCAAGCCUGUAUUUUAUUUUGUGCGCUUGUGUUGGUGUAGUUACUGCUUUGCAAUGAAUAAAAACAAGGCCAGCGGUGUGUCCUGGGUCAAACCCGCGGAACCCUCCUUUCUGAAGAAGUUUAAAAGUGAUGUCGGAUACAAAGAAGGACCGACUGUUGACACAAAGCGCCAGGUGAUGCCAACACUGGAUGAUGACAGCGGGAGUGACCAAGAGGAUGAGUUACCUCAAGUUGUGGUCUUAAAAGGUGGAGACCUGACCGCAGAAGAAGUAAAGAAGCUCAAGGGUGACAUGCGCACUGGAGCUGGUGCAGAGAAAGAUGAUGAACCUCCUGCUGAUGGUAAAAUCCUUUUCAAGAAACCGGCCAAGCGCUCCUCCUCAGACAAAUUCCAGGGCAUCACUGCCAGCUCCAGCAAAAAGAAGAAGAGUGAGGGAGGAGAGAGGGAGGAGGAGAAGAAGGAAGUGACAUCUGGAAAGAAAGUAAAGAAUAACAGCCUGUUGUCAUUUGGAGGAGAUGAGAAUGAGGAGGACUAAACGGUAACGAGUGAAAUGUAGUUAUUAACCCCUGUAACAGAUGACUUCAGGGAGCUGAGGUGAAGGCUGAGGGGCAAAAUGACAGUUUGAAACAGAUUCAGUGUGGAAUUCAUCCACAGAGUGCAUGCAGCCUGUCCCCUCUUUAGUGCCAGUGGUUUUGCAUAUCUUAGCCCACUGACUACAAAUAGUCUAUGAUUAAAAACUACAACGUGUUCAUUAUUUUGAGCGCUCUGUGAAAAGCAGCCUGCAGAGAUUCAAGUCACUUGCAUAAGUAAUCCAUCACAGUGAACAAUUUGAGACGCUUAUUUUUAAACCAAAGUUUAAAAGGGAUGAUGUUCAUCAGCAGUUGGUCCAUUCAGGGACCCUCAGACAGCCACAGGUCGAACGUCUGCCGAGUUAAAACCAGCUAGGGAUGAACAAUCUGAGGAAAACCUGUGAUUUUGCUCAGUGUUUUUAUUUCUGUAUAUCAAUGUUGUCUCUACAUAAAUAGAAUCAAACAAAUCUAUUUUGCAUUUCUUAAUAUUAGUGUAAUAAUUGUUUACUAUGAUUGUUUUAUUGAUUCAAACUUGGCAUUAUAUUUAUUGAUAAAUGCUGCUUAUGUGUCAUGGUAAUGGUGACAGAGGUCAUGUCUGACUGUGUACGAGUCUGUUCACAUGAGCUCAGUAUUUUAUGAGCAGCAAAGACACAGCACACUCCUUUUAUUUUGAACAAAUGAUAGUGGCAUGUGUUCUUCAACAAAACCAAAAAAGCUGAGAUAUUUUCAGCAGCAGAGAGCUUAUUAAAGGGUUGUUAAUAAAGUACAGCUGAGUACAUUUGCCGGAAACAUUCAACUGAUACAGCUUUUGGUAACUGUGUAAAUUCAAAUGAAAAUCACAGCUUCACGGGCUUGCAAAUUGAAAAUUGCGCUCUCUUAAAUCACGGUUUCAAUUUAAAAACAAGGAUUCCUUCAUUCAGGAACAGCAGUGCAUUCAUGAGCUCUGUCUGCAAAGCAAAUCCCAAGAAUAAGUGGAUGUUGCCUUAAGUUGAAAAUAAUGUGGCCUUUUUUGUAUUGAAACUGUUGCUGGACACGAGGGGGUAUGAACAACCAGAUGUGUGUCAAUGAAGACAGCUGCAGUUCAGCCUUCAGCUUCAGUGCAACACCAGCUCAAGUCAUAUGUGCCAGAAAAGGUGGAGUAAUGUUGACUGUGAUGGUCUACCUAUGUCAAACAAGCAUACAUUGCCUAUAGACUGAGACCGUUCAUCAAAUAUUGAGGUAUAAUAAAGCUGAUUUGAAUUGUUUAAAUUAAUGGACACCCGUAUAAAAACAUUUGCACACUAGAAAAUGGAGAACAGUAAUGUAAAAUAAAAAUAACUGACUGGCACUCUUUUUUCCAAACAAUUUGAUAAACAAAAAUGAGAAACACCAGGUUGAUUAAUUAUUCUUACUGGAGUUACUAGUUUGAUUUUGGCUGGUUGUUGUAAGUGGCCUAAUUCCACACUGCCCAGGGACUAAUUAUUUUAGAUGCCGUUUUUAAAAAGUACAUUCAAACAGAGAAAUGGACACAUUUUGUUUUUGACUGAUUAGCUAAAAGCUCUGCCGACGGCAUCCAGUGACGGUUCUUGUGUCUUUAGGAAAGACUCAGUCAUUUUCCAUCACAAAAGAACAGCGAGAGGCCUCGUCUCAGUCGCUCCUGUCAUGUAGCCUGACAGUGCGACACACUCUCCACCCUCCUGGUGUAUGGAUUAAGAACCCAUGGAGGAUACCUGUCAUUUGAAGGUGGAACACCUGCCUCUCAUACACACUGAGCUCCUCUUGUUUCUGUGUUUGAAUCUUCCCAUUAAGUCCUGCUCAUUUGUAUUCAUCAGAGGUGUCAUGGUGUUCACAAGUAGUGUGGAAGCGCUGUGUUCAUUAUGUAUUGACAGCAAGAAUAUUUUCUAGCUUCGACAAAGGAGCUGUAACAGAAACAAUGCAUUCUUGUCAAUGCAGUUGGUUUUUUAUUCUUUGAAUUUGUUUUAUUGUGUGAAUAGAGACGGGUUAUGGCUGUAACAUUUGAAAAACAACAUUAAAGCAGCGGUACAGUAUUCUGGUCUGUAAGCUCACCGAGUGUGGGUAUCAGCUGCAUCGCACCAUUGUGUAUUCAGACUGUAUUGGUUGAAAUGAGCCAAACAUGCAUGGUCAUCAGAGGAUGAAGCCCAACUUUGUCUAGCACCAUCAUGAGGCUGUGCUGAAGUACAUCAAUCAACGUGGUUUCUAUAAUUUUGCUUCAAAUGUCAAUUUCAUUUAUAAGUGGAAUUGGUUUUUAUCCAUUUUAAUAUAGAAUCUAAUCCAUUCAGUUAGCAUUAAUCCAGAAGCAGACUAGUUAAGGGUAUCUCCAGAGUGAUACGCUAUGGUAUAUAGUGCACCUUAAUUGGCACUGAAGACCAGCCGUGUGGAAAGGUCUAUGUUAAAUGACAGUAACACCGUACGUUCUGCAUACGAGAUGCAAGAAAUAAAAACAAGGGUUACUUCAACAGCUUUAUUCAAAAACGGCACGUUUCAUUCUCACACCUGCUUCCAGAUCAUUACAAUUUAUGGAAGAAACAUUGAAAAUCAAAACAAAACCCUUGCGUCUCAUGAUCAGAUGCUAUGCUUGUUUUAGUCAUCGCAGCUUCCAUUGUCAUGUAAUAAAUACCCUCACUGACUGUUGCUCUCUGGAAAUAAGAUUGUGAAAGGGUUUCUUUUAAGGCCAGUGCAAACCUCUCCACCUGGACUUUCUUACGAUGGUGUUCUGACAAAACCUCCCAACAGAAUCAAAGUCAGCUCGAGCCGGAUCGAUGUUUCUUAGGAUAUUUUCGAGAAGAAUAAUAAGGCAGAUUCAUUUUAAGGGAAGGCUGUUUCACAAAAGGAACUGCUGACAAUGCUAUGUCACUGGUUGCAUGAUGGAGCUACAAAUGAAGAGACAGUGAAAAUUCAGCCAGUUAUAAAAGAACCACCAGCAUGUAAUGAGAAGAUUUUCUAAAUUCAUCAAGGAAUAAUUAGCAGGAGUAGAGUGUGUUUGAUCCUGUUACUGUAUCUGUCAAGACAGAUGCAGCAUUCUGUUGGACUGGAUUUCUUCAUUCAUCAUUAACUGAUAAAAUGUGGUUCUUGGUCUGGCUUCCCUGAAGCAUCUUAAACAGCACUGAGCUCCUACAGGCCUGUUCCAUGUGGAGUCCAGUGCUGUUAUUAAUGUGCAAACGGUGCAGCUAAGAACUGGCACAGCUUAAAAGACCAUUCUGUUUCAUUACAAAUUAGGAGUGCCAUAGCAUGGGUCAUAAUUUCUCUCAGCUCUAAUAACACUGUACUCAAAGUCAUUAGAAGUCAAAAUGCAAGAUUUACAAGCAUUCAGACAAUUAGACUGGACACCAACAGCAGUUUAGCCAGAUUACACCACUUUAAAGGGGCACUCCACUAAUUUUACACAAGUUCAGUUUACUCAUCACAAGGAGGACUACUCAGCCUGUGAGUGGUGAUCUGGGAGGAGCUUUCCAAACUGUGAGAACUAUAACCCCAGUCAUGCAUUCAGGGGCCAUUUUGGUUUGGGCUGAGAUGAUGUACUGUUAGCAGAAAGCCUACAUUACAAACUGGACAUAUUGGGUGUGAAAGAAGUCAGUGCUAAAGAGAGGAGGAGAAUCCAGUGAAAAAUGCUAUCCAGUUGCAUUAUGGGAAAUGUAGGUUCUAGCAUUUUUGGAGUUUGACCCAUACUAGAAAGAAAACAAAUGUUUUGGCCUCUGCUCUGCUUUUGAAAAAAAAAAAAA